GAAUAAACAUACGCAUGCGCAGUGGCGUCAAUAAUGUGAAGAUGGCGACCCGCAUGAGACCGGCAACCUAUACGGAUAAAUUUGCUGUUAAAUAUCGGGAAAUGGAAUAAGGUGAUAUUUCUGAUAUGGCAGAACGUAGAAGGAUUAUACCAGCUUCGGUUGGACCAACUUUCAAGGAUCAGAGGGAAAACAAAUCACCCCCAGCGCUGCGACUCGUGCUCGACCUGGGAGAAACAACAGAAGAGCAAUGUUCAGAAUUUGCCUAUCCAAUCCUGGUUAAAAAUGCUUUGGGAGAAGAAUCAGAAGAAGCUCGAGAGGCACAAACCUUCAAUGAUAUACAUGAAGAAGACCUGCAAGGAUUGGAGGCCAUAGCAAAACAAUUUGAAGAAAAGUAUAACAAACCUGGAAAGAAGGGAAAGAAGAAGAAGAUGUUGUUAGAGGACUUGAUAGAUGCUGGAAUGGGUUAUGAUGAAACAGAUCCCUUCGUGGAUAAUUCUGAAUGUUAUGAUGAAUUAGUCCCUGCCAGCCUGACAACACAGUUUGGAGGAUUCUACAUCAAUUCUGGUCAGCUGAAAUUCAAAGAAAUCUCAGAUUCUGAAGAUGGUGAUUUCCAAAAACCUAGAACACCAAAGAAAAAGAAGAGACUUAAACUGGAGAAUGGAGAUGGGAAAAGAGAAAAGAAGAUGAAGAGAAAGUUAUCAAGUGAAAGUGGUAGUGGAGAUCACAUCUCAAAGAAAACUAAGAAACAACUGAAGAAAAAGGCCAGGGAAGAGAAGAAAAAGAAGAAGAAGGGGCCGAGACUGAUUCGCACCCCAACUGUAGCCGAACUACUGAAGCGCAACACUGGAUCAUUGCCAGGAUCACCACAAAGUCAUCCAGCUACCUCGACCUUCAAUGGACCACCUUCCACUUCAAAUGCUGCAACAUCCAAGGCAUCUUCCUCUAAUACCACCACCACUCCAGGGUUGGUAUCAUCAUCUGGCGGGGCACAGGCGGCUCCAGGGGUUGACAUGUCCUUGGAUCUUGGUAUCUCAGUGGCUGAUCUUGAUAAGGAAACCAUGGAGAUGGUUGAUUUAAUGAAUGGUACGGACGGUAUGAUGGGUGGGGUUGUUUCUACCGGUGGUAUGGCUGCAGGGAGUGGUGGUGAUCAGGAUAGUGAUCUUAACAUAUCGCCAUCUGCUCCUGGUAUCGGGGGCGAGGAUGGUGGAGCUAAAGAGAAGGUUAACUUACCUCAAGAACUGCCACUUCAACUUUUAGACAACAUUCAAAAGAUAAAAGAGGCUGCCAGGAAGUCAGUUGAAGGAAAGACUAAAUUCUUCAAUUCGCAUGUCAAUGGUCUAUUACUCAAGAUAGAGCAUGGUACCCGUAUGGUGAACUGUAGUAAGAGAUCAGCAGUGUAUUCACAUUUAGCUUUUCAUUUACCCUGCACCAAACUUACUCUUCAGAAGAGAGCUAAGAAACUUCAACUAGGUGUUCAAGACAAUCAUCUCAAAGAACCUCUUCAAAGGCUUCGGGAAGCUAUCGCUGAAGUGAUGCCUGAUCAACAGAUGAGAUAUAAAACAGAAUGUGAAGAAGUUUCUCUCAAGAUGGAUCUUGGACCUACGCAUGAUUCAGAAGGGAAGGUAAUAGAACUCAAACCACCCAAGAAGAAGUUUAUCUGGGAUGACAGGUUGAGAGCUCUACUAUGUGAGGUAGUAAAGGUCAAGGUUAAGACGUUUGAGAUCAGUAAAACCAGAACCCAGUCAGCAGAGGAAUACCUGAAAGCUUUCCUAGAAUCGGACGUCAAGAACCUAUGGCCUAAAGAUUGGAUUCAAACAAGAAAUCUUUUCAAGGAAAGUCGAGCAGUCCAUGAUCAUGUAACCUCAAUAGGCAAGCAGCGUAAAUCUACGCCUGGAGCUCCUAGGAAACUACUCUUGACCACUAUCAAGAAGACUUUGGGUAGUGAGGAUGUUGAAGGUUCGAGUACAAUCCCUCAGGGCUCCUCAGAGACUCAAGAAUUUGAACCAUCUAGUACGCAGGCCAAUGAGAUGAUUGGUAGUCCAGUCACUACUAAACAUAUAGAAGAUGUUCCAACACUGGUUGAUUGCAUGGGGAGUGGGGAAGAUUCUAUGGAUGCCAUGAUAUCAAGCUCUCACCUCAAAGGUACAGAGUAUGCGACAGCUUCGUCAGACAGCAACCAGGAAGCAUCUCCUGUGGUUGCCACAGCACAAACUGUUCCUGUCUCAAGUACAUCACCCUUGCCUCAUCUUGACCCUGGUUUCCUGGUAGAUCAGAUGCUAAACCAACAAUUAGUGACAAACUCACAAGUUUCAAGACCAGCGGUAGGUGGUGCUUCUUCAUCAAAUAUUAGAACUCUCGAUAUGAAUGUCAAAGUCCAAGGAACAAAGAACAUUGCAUUGAUGCCAGAGACUGUUAAACUAGCUGCAAUGUCCACAGGAGAAAUGCUUCCAAAACAAGCUGGUGUAGACUCAAUGCCCAGUCAGCAGUCCUGCUCUGCUGCAUUAUCAGCCAUUAGUAAUAUGCAUAGCAGGAGAACAAUGCAUAAACAAGAGCCUGGUUUGCAGGCUAAGGAUGUAACAUCAUCAAGUAUGAUGAGUAAAGUGAGACCCAGUGUCAGCAAUGUAGCUAUUGUUGGCAAUGUGCCCAGAUCUGAAAUGCAAUUAGGUCAGCCAGUUAUUAGACUUAAAAGAGAUUCUAAGCUUGAGAAGAUGAAUUCUAACAGUAGAUUGAAAGUCCAAGGGAUACAGCAUAAAGGGCAAGCAUCGCCGGUACCUAAAUCACAAACUAUCCUUGUAGGUGGGGUACACACGAUGCCUUACAGCCAAUCUGCAAGCAAUACAUCAUUACAGGGUAGAUCAUCAAAUGUGACGACUCAAAGAAUAGGUGGGGGCAUGGAUCCACUACCUCAGAUGUCCUCUCAGGUUGCCCCGGGCAACGGCAACAUCCGUCUAUCUUCAUCAUCAUCACAGUCUACCUCUCGUCGUUCAAGCUAUGUCUCGCCAACCAACACCCAGCAACGAGCCGCUGGUUCCGCCCACAGUCCGGGAUCAGCAUUCUCCACCCCUUCUCAGCACAGCCAUCUUAUGAAAGCUCAAGCUUCACCAUCAAUCCCCCAGCAGACCUCACCAUCUGCCUAUUCUUCAACUACUCCAAGACAGUAUACAUCACCUCAUCAGCAAUACAGCCCUGGUCACACCUCACCUAUAGCUGCUGGUUAUUCUACCACCUCACCAUCUUCCUAUCAAACCUUGGCAAGUGGUGGAGGAUAUCAGCAGAUGCCUCUCAGUGACAUGACGGCAAGACAGCAGACCACAGGAGGGACUAACUAUACCAACAACUAUCCUAUGGUGCAAAGCUCAACCCAGGGUGGGGUACCUCAGAGCCCGGUAGGAGAUGCUGUUAUCACAGGCCCCGCCCCAGGGACAUUUUAUCAUCAAUCUCCUACAGGUGGUGGUUUAUUACCCCCUCAUCAGACUACUCCUUCCCCCUCCCACCCUCUUCCUCCUGAUGCGUUAGAUUUGCUGUGUGCUCAUCAGGCCUUUGCAGAUGCUAGGUAUACAGGUGACACUUCUUCCAAUCAGCAUCGUAUCAUCUGAUAUACAAACCUUGAAGGUUGAUUACAAGGUCGAUGAGUAUCAGUCAAUAGAAGACAUCUGACGGUCACCAAUCAUUCUGUUUCAUCAAACAUCAAUGACCUGAAGAACAUUUGAAGGUUAUCUCUGUAAUAUAUUGGCUAAGAUCAAUCUAUGGAAAACUGAUUAUUUUAACUGUCUAAUUUAUUCUAGCCAAUCAGAUGCAAGGAUUUCCAGUAGCUUAUAACAUCUGUGAAUGAAAAUCACUGACAAAAAUCUUCAUGAAAUACUUUCCUUAUUACUUGCCAUCUUCAUGAAACUAUAAUUCUUCUUUGAUCUUGGAUGUUUUUCUUCUGUUUGGCAUCAUAACGGUUUUCGGAUGUUGAAGACUCAGCACCGUCAGUCUGCCUGGGAGAUAAAGUAGUGCACAAUCUUCAGACUUCCAUUUCUUGAUACAUCAUGUGAUCAGUUGAUGAGUCAUGUGACAAUCAAGUCAUGUGAUAAACAAAUCAUUUGGCAACAAACCAUGUGACAAUUUGUGUAAUAUAUUGAAGAGUAUUUUGUAUUUUUAAACUUAAACUGUUUUUUCCAUUAUCAGCAUUAGUUAAGAUAAACCUCCUUUCAUCGGUCUCUGGAGGGAUUUUCAAGGUUCUUAUACUGUGAAGUGAUAAAGUUUGAAUCAAAAUAGAAUAAAAAUGUGUUGUAAUCAAUUUCUAUUAAAAAAUAAGAAUAUGAUAUGAAUGCACCUCAUCAUUAUCUUACACUCCAUUCAGUAUACCCCUCUUUGAUAAAAAAUAAAUAAAGUUUAUUCAGAUAUAGUACAUGGGCAUGAACUUUUUUAAGUGCUCAUUUAUGAAAUUGGUCAUUGAAGUAGUUUUUAUCAUUUAAUAAAAUUCUAUGUCUUUUCCCUUAAUCUUCCAUAUACUACCACAUAUUUUCAAUUCUGGUCAUUUCUUUGUAACUCCAUAUGUUCUCUUCCUUAUUUACUCCACUUUGCCCAAGCAUUUCAGUUUUAUAUUAUGAAUAGUAAUUUUAUAAAAUAAUUUUUAUCAAGUAUAAGAUCACUCUUGAAAAUAAAAUCUGGUACAUGUAAUUUGAGCUUAUAAUCUGUGUAUUUUAUAUUUUGGUUAUGUAAGUGUCUAUAACAUAAUGUUGUUUCUGUGAACUAUAUUUCAGCCUUCAACUUCUAUUUCCAGUCUGCAAUUCAAUCAUUACCUCGAAUGUGGACUCACCAAUUCUCAGACUUUGAUUAUAAAUUUAGAUAAUCAUGUGAAAGUGAUGGAAUCACUCUUUAAUCAGGGAAUACUCAUAAUGCUGCAUAUAACCAUGCAGGGAAGUCAGUAUGUGGGACUGUAGUCCUCAACUGUGCUUUAAUAUUGAUGGGAUAGUAGUAGAUAGAAUGUAAGAGUUGUCUGAUCAUUCUCCAUAGAAGUUGUAUGACCUUUGACCUUGAUCAGUAUACUCUGUGUGACUUUUGUAUCUUUGUCAUGAUUAGAUAUUUUAUAUAGGUAUUUAUACCUUGGUAUGUAUACCUUGAGUCGCACUUACUGGAUAAUGCUCAUUUAAACAUCAUUUGGAUAACAUAUGUUCUUGUGGAGUUAUACCAACAGACUGACUCGUUUACAGAUGCCUCAUGAUAGAUGUUAGCCUGUGACAAAUUGCUAUUCUCUGACUGUUGCCAUAGUAACUAAUCUCAGCUAAUCAAAUCCAAGCAUUUUAACCAAAAUGUGAAAUGGAGUGAUCAAUAAGAGUCAUUUAGUCAAUGUUUACAACUUGUAUGAGAUGUCUCCAUUUAUGUAUCAGAUUUGGCGUAAAGGUGUAUUAGUGCUGUGGAGGUGUUUGUCAGAGUACCAGUUUGGUGUAAGUCUAUUCCUUAGUGUUUUAACUUGGUGUAAGACUAGUCCUCAAUAUCAGUACAGGCUGCACAGAAAUGUUAGCCCUUACCAUGCACUACAGGCCCUGUUACAACUGGUAAUGUCGCUACUACCGGUGCCAAAUGUAAGAACAAUGCAUAUUGGCUUUCGACAUUGCACGCUUGGAAGCAUCACAAGCUGAAAGAUGUGAUUCGGUCUACUGUUAAUGCUCUGUUAGUGCUAACAAUUUUUCUAAGCAGCCAGUAUAAAUUGUCUGAUUAACUUUUGGAUGUGAAGUUGGUAUGUAGAAUAGUAUUGAUUCCCUUCUGUUGUCAUUUAGCAAUCAGUUAUCUUCCAUGUAUAGAAACAGAGCUAUGGACCUGCCAAUCAAAGGAGUUAUUUUGAUAUAUUGGUUGUAUUUUUCUUACAGUAUAGACUGAGAAUUGAGAGUGUGACUUUCAGAUCCUGAAAACGUACGUGAUUUGUGUCAUUUAUAAUCUCCUGUACAUGUAUGUAAGCUGUAAAUCAAAAUGUCAUGAUCAUUGCUGUUAUGAUAGAUCUUAGCAAUUUACCACAAGUAGGUGACUUCUCAUUGUCCAUUGGUGUGUUGUUUAGCAAAGACUGGCAAUGGCUGAAAAUGUGCUAAUGCAGUUCUAGUGAUAAUUUCCAUCCUUAUGUUAUACUGUCUACUCUAAAAAAGUGCAAAUUGUGGUUAUGAUUCAAAAUAAUAAUUUUUUUUAUUGCUACACAUUAAAGAUAAGCUAUCAAAUCUCCUUAAAUUUGAAGCUCCCUUGAGUGUCCGACUUGGGUGGUCUGUAAUAGUUAAUGUAAUAGUUAAAAAGCACUUACAUUUUCAUUUCAACAUCUAUGUCUUGUUAAUGUAAUGAAUUUGAAAUUAAUUUUCAUGAUGUAUCCCCCCCCCCCCUUAACUCUGAACAUCCACUCAAUCUAUUCUGAUUAUCUUUGUGAAGUUCUGUCUUUUCUUUUCUGAUAUGCUUGGACCCGUUGAAUUAUGAAAUGUUCUUUGCUAUAUUAAAUUAAUUAUCCAUGCAUGCUGUUUAUAUUAUUCAGCUAUCACAAUUUGCUUAAUGUUGGAUAGAGUACUGAUGAAUUUUUGCAAAGUUUUUUUCGGACCCUGUACUUAAAUUGUUUCCCUUGUGAGAAACGAUAGAGUAGAAUCUUUUCAGUGUCAACUAGCCAUUAGAACAAUUUCAGUAGAAAAAGUUGAUGAAUGUUUAUAUUUAUAGAGAAAACCAUUUUAUAUUACAGGUAUAUAUUAUUUUAAGUUCCUCUAUAAAAUUACAAAAUAUAGGUUCUAACUACAAAGUUUUUAAAAUUUUGGGGCAUUAAUGAUUCCACAUGACAUUUGGUUUUCUGUGAUUAUUGAUUAGAUUAAAUGCUUAUCCCCUGAAGUUAUUGUUAUAGGUGCAGGAAUCAGCUUAUUUAUUUAUGAAUUUAACAUUCCAUUUCCUCCAACUGAUAGCUCUUAUAGGAAUGUUCCCGAUUGGUAAAAAAAAUAUUUUCAAAAACUUCCUAGUAAUGUCCUUUCAAAAUUAUUUUAGUAUUUUCAAGAAUUUUUUAAAGAUUAGAAACUAUGCAGAGAUUGCAGACUUUGGAUAUUAGGUAAGCAUGCACUGCUCUCAUUUACUCAACAAUGGAACAGACUGUUGCUAUGUCAGGGUGCUACAUUUUAUUAUUCAGGAAAACUUGAGAGGAAGAAAAUAACUGAAUACACUAUUCGUUAUGAUUACUCUCUUUUUUUUUUCUUUAGCAUUAUGAGCUAAUCUUAAAGAGUGUAUUAUGGCAUUGGUAAAUUAAAAGUAUUAAUAUACUUUUAUCUGUCGGGGAUAUUGUUGUUUGAUAUAGCAAUGAAAUAAUGACAGCCUCAUUUGAUUUUCAAAUAUUUUGUAGACUUUCUGGAAUUUGUUCACAAUCUUUAUGAAUUGAUAGAAGAGCACUGAGACCUUGAUAGAUGUAACUUAUUUACUAUUGAAUACUCUUACACAUUGAAAUCUAAUUUUGUUGACACUCCUUAAGACCUGCCUUCUUGCAUUAAUUUUUCUGCAUUAUGUUUUUCUGUUAGUGCUGAGUCUCCAGUGCACUAACAUGCACUCUAGCUAAUGCAUUAUGAGGUCAGUUGAGAUUUUUGUCAAAAUGGAUGGUCAGAGAGUGUAUCAGGACAUUCGUUGAGUUCAAGUUCAGUGUUUCUUCAACCAAUUUUUUUUUUUUUUUUACAUCAGCUCAUCACCAAAAUAAAAUCAAGAAUGGUCCUGGGACAAGUCUCAAUUGGUAUUGAGCUACCAAUAAUGCGAUAUGAAUCAUUUUUGUAAACUCAAAUUAGAGGGUGGAGCUAUGGAAAGAAAUAUCAGCACCAACACAGAACUUGAAAUCACUCAUUGCAUAAAAUGACCAUAAUUAUAAGCUCUUAAUAGACAACACGUAAGUAAGUUAUGCAUGUGUUUUUAUAAAUUGGGUAUGACAGAUAUGUUAUGAAUUGAGUCCUGCCUCUUCCAUUUCUUUAACCAUGACAGUAAUGAAAUUCAAAUUUUAUAAAAAGAUGACUAUUAAUGAUUUGCAUGUGAGGCGUUAUUUUUAAAAAUAUGAUUGAUGUAGCAUUAUACCUUGAAAUAUUGGUUGCCGUUCUGAUUGGGAACUCAGAUGAGUUUGACAAAUUACUAAUUAAUUGAGAUGUUUGUAUUUAUUUAUUAAUGACAAGAAGGCAUGAUGUUUGUGGUCGUAGAUAGACUAUUCUACUGAUUUCUGUUUCCUUUCUAGGUGGAUCAGCUCGAAUUGUAAAUAUCUAGGAGCUCUAUUUCCAUUGCUAUCGAGCAUUUGUAAUAGCAAAAAAGUGUGAUAAAAGUUUAUAAAAAAAGAUCACCCAUUUGGAGUGUGAUGUUACAUUUUGUUGUCAAUUUUGAAUAAGAAAAUAAAUUGAAAAAGAUUUGAAUGAA